AUGGACCCUUUUAGCAUCAAAAGGGUUCCCUACAUCGUGUUAUGCAACAUCAUCCGACAAAUCCCCGACUGGGUGACGCUGGAGAACCUCAUCGAAGCGUCCCCACGUAUCCGGGAGAUCUUCGAACCAGGCAAGAAUCCCAACGAAAGGGCGGAGCCCGCAGCAACGCACAUAGUCGACAUCAUCCUAAAGGGUAACCCUAUAACAAAGGGCCAUCUAUACCGUCACUUCUGGAGAGUCACCGAACUAAAACAAUUAACACCAGAAGAGCUCCAGGAGUCAUUCAGUGAAGCACGUUCCUCUCUCCGAAGAAGUGGUCUAAACGAAGGAGAGCCUGAACGACGCAGCCUAACAGAAUUCCUCGCCCGCCAUAAGCCUCCCACUUCUAUAUCCCGAGCCGUGUUAUGGGAGAUGGUACAUAUCGCGGCCAAUAUCCAACGAUUAGCUUGUGCGUGUUUGACAUUCCUUGGGGGCCUGCUACAAGCUCAUUUUUACUGGAACGCGAGGUUCCACGCAAUGAAGGAACUGGAUCUGAGCCAGCCCUCAUGGGAAGAGGAAUAUCGCGUUUAUCGCGCCUUGUGGCAUUUGCAACUAUAUUCUGUGCUGCAUAAGGGAGAAAUCCUCCCUGUGGAUGUGGAUGGCCAUAUUGUGUGCGUCCGCGGCCAGUAUCAGCCCGAGGUUGCUACCUGGGAUUUACUUCCAGGGGUUGCCCGCGUUGAGAUUCAGACUGUGUCCCAGUGUCUUUUGAACCUUGUCAAUGGGAAUCAUAAUCUAAAUCUGAAUGGGUGGAGAGAAUGGGCUAAAUGGAAGAAGUGGUAUCCGCUUGUUACUGAGUUGCCUGAUGCAUCUCGGCUUGAGUUUGGGUUUCCGACUCGGAGUCCUCCGCCCCAGCCUGGUUGUUUGCGUGGUGUGAUUGAUCCUUUUGUUGAGAGGCUUAAGGAAUAUGCGGUGCAGAAUAAGCUUUUAUUUCAAGAAGUCGGGGCUCGAGUUACCUCAUAG